AUGUUGUUAGAAGGUUUGUUUAUUUGCGGCCAAAACGAAGCAAUUCCAUUAAAAAGUCUUUCCGUACAAGCAUUUCUGCAGGGCUACGUAGUAGGCUUUCGGUCGACAUUGACCUACGAAAACAACACCUCUAAUCCACUCGAAGUACUUUUCCGUACGCCUGUCGACGACUCCUACGCUGUCGUUGGCUUAGAAGCCUGCAUCGAUGGUAGAAAGAUCCGUGCAGAGGUCCAGGAGAAAGGAAAAGCGAGGCAGAUGUACCAGGAAGCUAUUUCAAGAGGCCGUACAGCCGCUUUUGGGGAAGAAAAGGAGGGUGAUAUAUUUAGUUUGGUCCUGGGUAAUCUCCCCCAGGGCGAAAAAGCUGUACUACAACUCACGAUGGUCGGCGAGCUAGCUGUUGAACCAGAUGGAGCGGUACGGUUUGUUCUACCAACAGUACUAAAACCCCGGUACGCGCCUCCUGGGAGUACAAAUCCCCUAGCACCAGAAAAUCCUACUUCAGGAAGUGGCCCAGUGUACCAUGCUACCGGACCCCCAGAAUAUAAAUUUGACCUGGUAAUCAAUGGAGCUCCUGGUAUUGAAGACGUGACAUCGCCAUCCCAUGAGAUUCAUGUUGAAAAUUCUGGUCAGAAUAUUAAUGUUUCAUUGGCUGAAGAUAAACAAACUGAUAUAGUCAUUCUGGUUCAACCAAAGGAAGCACAUAAACCUUUGGUAAUCGUUGAACCUGGUUUGUCAAAUGGCGAAAACGAUUUCCAGAAAAACACGGUCAUCAUGGUCAGCUUCUUCCCAAAAUUCAAAGGUGACACCUCAUGUCUCCAAGCUGCAUGCGAAUUUGUGUUUGUUAUUGAUCGCAGUGGCAGUAUGGCUGGGUCCUAUAUCAAAGAUGCAGCACAAACACUCUUGCUGUUCCUAAAAAGUAUCCCAGAAGGUUGUUAUUUCAAUGUGAUUGGUUUUGGAAGCAGUUAUAAACUUCUGUUUCCUGAGAGUGUGGCCUACAACCAGGAGAAUUUGGAGAUUGCAGUAAAACACGCAGAAAACCUGCAAGCGGACCUUGGCGGCACAGAACUAUUUGAUCCUCUCAAGAACAUCUUCAGCCAUGCACCAAUGAAAGGCUUGCCGAGACAAAUAUUUGUUCUCACUGAUGGAAGUAUUACAAAUACAGAAUCUGUGAUUAAAUUGGUUGCAAAGAAUUCAAAUAAGUCAAGGUUUGUUCAUGUUUUCCCACAUAAUGUUCUGCAAGUAUGUCCCCUUGAACCAUUGAGUUGCAUUGCAUAUUAUUUUACUUUGUACUCUUUGUCUAAAUUACCAGACAAUCUUAUUCAUCAAAGGGAGGGCUCUGGCAGUCACGACAGUCGAUAUAUCAUAAUUUGCCUGAUGGUUUUGCCUGAUGGUUUUACUUUUUCAAGGGGAUUCAAACUAUAGUUUUGCAUAUAUGAGCCAUUUUUUUAAUUAAAAAAAAAUUUGCUGUGGUCCCCCUUUUUUGACCCCAUGGUUGCCUGUGGUUCCCACUUUGCAUUUGACCAAAAUUUUUUGACCCUGAUGGUUGCUUGCAUUUGACCAAAAUUAAAAAAAAAUUCAAAACAUGUUUUUAUCAAUAAAAGGUUAUAUUGUUUUGACGAAAGAAAAGGUUUUUGGCAAAUUUCAGAAAGUUUGGAAUAGGUUGAAGGACUUUUUGAAUUUUUGAAAAAAAUUCUGUGGUCCCCCUCUUAUGACCCUAUGUGCACCCCCCCCCCAGAAAUUGUUUGCAUCCCCACAGAGGCAUUUGGCACCACCCCAAAAUGUUUUUGCACUUGCACAAAUGAUAUAUAUUACCAACGCCCUUCUCGCCCGAAAAAAUUUGGGCAUAGAUUUUAAAAUCUUUUGCAACAUUUCUUGUAAAUAAUGCAAGCCCCCAAAAUGAGAAAAUAAUACACUCUAUGGAUUAAAUGAAAACAGUAGAUCCACAGUUGUAACAAGUUUGAUUUGAAUUGAUAUUUUCAUAUUUGAUAUUUUGAUUAUUCUUAGGGACAGACCAUUAGAAAGUAAUUGGGGGAUAAAACCAAAAAAAAAUUAUUCCCAGAAAAAAAUUAGGGAAAAAAAUCUUUCGAGGCAUAGUGGAAAAAAAUUCCUUGCUUGGAAGAUAGGCCUAUAAAUUUCACUUAAAAAAUUUCCAGUGAGAAAAAAAUUCAUCUAUAGGUGUACAAAAAAAAUAUUGCCUCCCCCCCAUCACUUUUAACUACUAAAUUGGUAAAAUUACUAAUAUUAUGGUCUCAGAUGCCGCCAUGCAGGCCUAGAAAAGACAAGUUUUGUUAAAUAUUUUCCUUGGUCUUUCUGGGCGUUGCCACCAGGCCCCAGCCAAAGCAAGCAGCAGCACCCCCCAGAUAUUUAUCCAUGCACCCCCUCCCCGAAUGAAAAUAUGAAAAGUGAUAUCUGUAGAGUCUGACAUGCAUUCUCAACAUCCAUAAUCUUGUCAACUGACUAUAUAUAUUUUUGCAUUUCUAUACUGUACAAAAAUUAACUAGUAAAGGCCAUUUUUUCACUUUUUACAUUUUUGAAACAGAAGCAAAAAGUGGCCAAAAUUUGCGCUAUAUUAUUUAAAUAAUUUUCUUAAUUUACUUAUCCCAAAGGUGUUUCUCAUUUGGUAUUGGUUCUGGAGCUUCAUCAACUCUCGUGAAAGGAAUUGCUGAAGCUGGCAAAGGUGCUGCGGAGUUUAUUACUUCGGGAGAGAGGAUGCAAGCUAAGGUAAAAUUGGUUAACCAACAAAACGUAAAGGGGUUAACCUUUCUCUUUUAA